AUGCUGAAGCUCCUCAGUGUCCUCACCUUCCUAACCCUAACCCUCCCAUUUCUCACCCACUCUUUCUCGCCGGACCACCCAACCGAUCGCCGGAUCCUCGUCUUGCUGGACGACCUCGCCCUCAAAUCCUCGCACUCCUUGUUCUUCAAGUCCCUGCAAUCUCGAGGCUUCGAGCUCGAUUUCAAGCUCGCCGAUGAUCCCAAGAUCUCCUUGCAGCGUUACGGCCUGUAUAGCUAUGACGCCUUGAUUCUCUUUUCUCCUUCGGUCGAUCGGUUUGGAGGGUCCAUUGACCUGGCUGCUAUACUUGAUUUUGUGGAUAGCGGUCAUGAUUUGAUCAUUGCAGCUGAUACCAAUGCAUCUGAUUUGAUCCGACAAAUCGCAGUCGAGUGCGGAGUUGAUUUUGAUGAGGAUCCAGCGGCUAUGGUCAUAGAUCACACAAGCUAUGCAGUUUCCAACACUGAAGGAGAUCAUACAGUUAUUGCUAGUGAUGAUUUCAUCAAGUCUGAUGUAAUUUUAGGAAGCAAGAAAAUUGAGGCUCCUGUACUUUUCCAGGGGAUUGGCCAUACGGUGAAUUCUGAAAAUAGCCUGGUUUUGAAAGUUCUCUCAGCUUCACCUUCAGCAUAUUCUGCUAACCCCAAAAGCAAGCUGUCAAAUCCUCCUUCUCUCACUGGAUCUGCUAUAUCUUUAGUUUCAGUUGUGCAGGCAAGAAACAAUGCUCGGGUUUUGAUCUCUGGUUCAUUAAGUUUGUUUAGCGAUAGGUUUUUCAGAUCUAAGGUUCAGAAGGCUGGGAGCCCAAAGAAGCAUGAGAAAUCAGCUAAUGAGCAGUUUCUGACUGAACUCAGCAAAUGGGUUUUCCAUGAAAGAGGCCAUCUCAAGGCUGUGAAUGUAAGACACCACAAAGUUGGGGAAGCAGAUGAACCUGCAAUUUACAGGAUCAACGAUGACUUGGAAUAUUCGGUGGAGAUUUAUGAAUGGCAUGGAAAAAGUUGGGAGCCAUAUGUUGCUGAUGAUGUUCAAGUGCAGUUUUAUAUGAUGAGUCCCUAUGUUCUGAAAACCUUAUCGACUGAUCAGAAGGGCAGUUAUUUUACAGCGUUUAAAGUUCCAGAUGUUUAUGGGGUGUUCCAGUUCAAGGUUGAGUACCAGAGGCUUGGCUACACAAGUUUAUCCCUAUCAAAGCAGAUUCCUGUUCGGCCAUUUAGACACAAUGAAUAUGAAAGAUUUAUACCAGCAGCUUAUCCCUAUUAUGGAGCAGCAUUUUCUAUGAUGGCAGGCUUCUUCGUCUUCACAGUUGUACACUUAUACAGCAAGUAG